AUGCAUUCUGGGUCCGUGUACGGUUAGCGGCAGCUAGUUAGUCAAGGUGUUUAUGUCUCUGAUGUCCUGAUGUCUGGUCUUGGACGAAUAAAACCAAGAUAGCAGCAACGAUGGAGGAUUCUGUCUCGGACGCUUCCAGUCAGAGGGAGAGGGAAGAGGAGCCCCAAGCUGCUGGUCAGGAAGAACACGGACCAACGUCAAAGAAAACCUCUUUAAAAAGGAAGUCAAAGGUGAAAACAAAGAAGCAGAAAAAGGCCCGGUUAUCCCGGCCCGACUACACCGUCCAUCAGGGCGAAGACAUGCUUCUGGUCAUAUCGAAUGCUUCGUCUCAGUACGUCGGUUCUGUCUGGACUCCUAAAAAGAAAGGAAGCAAAAAGAAGAAGACCCUUAAAGGAAAGGUCAAACGGGAUCCAGUAAAGAAAAUUAAAUCAGUCCGGGGAAAACCUAAAGUGGGAAUUAAACCAGCGGAGGAGGAAGACGAGGACAGGACGUUCUCUGAUGCUGGAGACAGAUGGGGACAGGACUUACCUGAGGAGGUGCUGGUCAAUAUUUUUCAGAUGGUGGUGGUUCAGGACGGCGCCGUUCCUUUCUUGUGCAGGAUGGGGAGGGUUUGUCGUCUGUGGAACGCCGCCGCCUCCAGCCCGGUUCUGUGGCGCAGGGUGACCGUAGGCCACUGCUGGAUCGGAUCGGGGAAGAGUCAGCUUCCUAAAACUGAGAUGACGAUCCAGAACACAGUUUACUGGCUCGCACAGAACAGGUUCUCUCAGCUGACGGACUUUUCUCUCUGUCACUGGACAAAGAACAUCGACUUCACCUUGGAGGUGGUGUCCCGGCUCUGUCCUCGUCUCCGCUCCAUCAGGCUGUCCUACUGUAAAGGUGUGACGCUGAAGGCCUUCCACAGCCUCGGCCUCCACAGCCGCCGCCUGCAGAGCCUCAACCUGCAGCAGUCUGAGUUCCAGGUGGAGGGACUGCAGGAGUACCUGGAGCAUCACGGGAACCAGAUGAGGGAGCUGCUCUUCACUCAUGGACUGAAGACCGACAGACUGCUGGCAGUUAUCACCCGGGGAUGCUGUCCGGGCCUGGAGCUGUUGGAGGUCAACAAAAAGCUGGACAGUAAGGACGGGGAACUUCCUGUUUGCGUCCAGCAGCUUCAGAUGGCCUGUCCUAAACUGAAGACCUUCCGCAUGCUGAACGUCCGACUCCUGAACAAAGCGAGCCGUAACGGAGUCGUGUCGGCGGCGGGCUUCCCGCUCCUGGAGGAGCUUUGCAUCGCGACCGCGUCCCACUCCUACCUGACGGACAAAGACCUGAGGGACGUGCUGUUCGGGUCCACCAUGCUGAGAGUCCUGGACCUGCGAGGAUGCUCCCGGAUCUCCACGUCUGCUCUGGCUGCGUUACCGUGUCCCGAGCUGGAGUGUCUGUUCUGGGGUCAGUACUGCAGCCAGUUCGGCUCAUCGUCCACGAAGCGGGGGCUUCACCUGCUGACCCAGAGGUGGGGGCGGACGCUGCAGCAGCUCGACGUCACUAACCAGCCCUUCACCGAGGAAGACUUGGAGUUAGCCACGACUUACCUGACCCAGGAGGCGGAGCCUGAGAGGCUGCGUUCACUGAACCUCAGCGGGACCCGGAUCACCCCUCAGGCUCUCAGGGCGGUGGUCGGACACUCGACAGCUCUGGAUUAUCUCAACCUGUCGUCCUGCCGUUAUUUACCCAGAGGAGUGAAGAAAAUUUACCGAGGCCGAGAAGAGAUCCACCAGCUGCUGGACAAACUGGAGUGA